UUUAAGUUUUAUUAAUAAAAAAAUAAUGAAUUUCUUAUUUUGUCAUAUUGCAUCAGAACUGUGGAAAGAGUACAGUAAACACAGAAAUAAUAUUUUGUAGUAAUUUCAUCCUGAAUUUUUAAUUCGUAACAAUCUGCCGACAGCCUACAGGCAGAGUCCUAAAAAUUUAUCGGCUGCUCUGGUUUCUUUAUCUUGCAUUUUUAUCUAAUCGGAAGUAAUCCAGUUUUAACUUGCGUUAUGUCAUCCACCAGUGUCUGCAAAUUUUUGAUUAUUUCUGGUAGAAUUUUCCGCCUCGUUGUGCGGUUCAAUUUCCGGUGCCGAAAUAUUUGUCAGUUAUGAUUUAUUUCGCACUAGACUUUUGAUUAGUGGCACAGCUGCCGAAUGUACUAAUGAUGAAACAUGGCCAAGGAUUGUAGAAUUUUUUUGUGAUUAUUUUCUGUCGGAUAUUUCGUUACGUGGACGAUUAAUUAAUCAUUUGAUGCUGGUAUCCAUAACUGCGGUAAAUAAAUCAUGGAUAUCCGUCAGCGUGUACAAAAGUCCUCGCAAUCUCCGUCCGCCCGUUCGCCUUUACAGCACUACUAUCAGCCGGCACCCGACCGCAACCUGCCGCGCCUCGGUCUGCUCAGCUGGCUGACCAUCUUCGCCUACAUCGCCGUCGUACAGUUCACCUCCCGCCACAUUGCCUCCCAUCUGCCGGAUCCCUGGCCCAGUUCGCAGCACGGCGACACCCGCGAUCUGACCCGCUUCAGCGAGGACCGGGCGCUGCAGCAUCUGAUUGUCCUGACCAGUUUCCGGCCGCGCACCGUCGGCACGGACGGGAAUGACCGCUUUGCCGCGCGGUAUAUCAUUAAGGAAGCGGAAGCCAUCAAGAAGAAGGCCUCGCCGGUGCACCGGGUGGAGAUUGACCACCAGGUGGUUAGUGGAUCCUUCCGGCUGGCAUUUCUAGGUGGUUUCAACAACGCCUACCAAGACGUGCACAAUGUGCUGGUGCGCAUCGGCCCGGUGGACGCCGACUCGAAUCGCACACUGCUGGUCAACUGCCAUUUUGACGCGGCUAUCGGCGUGGACGGGGCCAGUGACGAUCUAGCGCAGUGUGUCAGUAUGCUGGAAGUGCUGACGGUCCUUUCGCAGCGCGGCACUCUCCCGGCCAAUCUGCUCUUCCUCUUUAACGGGGCCGAAGAGAGCAUUCUACAGGGCAGUCAUGGCUUCGUAACGCAGCAUCCCUGGGCGAAGGACAUUACCGCCUUCAUUAACCUGGAAGCGGCCGGCAGUGGAGGACGUGACGCCCUGUUUCAGACCGGGCCUAAACAUCCGUGGUUGGUGCGAGCCUACUCCCGUGUGCCGUACCCGUGCGGGAAUUCCAUGGGCGAGGAGAUCUUCCAGAGCGGUGUGAUUCCCAGCGACACCGACUUCCGCAUCUUCCGCGACCAUGGCCAGUUGCCGGGUGUGGAUAUUGCCUACGUUGAGAACGGUUACAUUUACCACACGCAUUACGACACUAUUGACCAGAUCACGCGCGGGACCCUGCAGCGGUCGGGAGAGAAUCUGUUGGCGCUGAUUUAUGGCAUUCUGACCUCACCAGAAUUCUACGAUCUGGAGAACUGCGUCACCUGCGCCAGUGAUUCGGCGGUGUAUUACGAUUUCCUGGGCCUGACCUUCAUCAUGUACUCGUACUUCACCGGGCUGGUGGUCAACUACUUCUUCGCCGUCACCGCCAGCCUGGCCAUCCUCCUGGAGCUGCAGCGGGAGAUCCGCGACGCCCGCGCCCUCUUCCCCGACGUCCCGAUCCUCAAGGGCGUGGUCUGUGGGGUGCUGGUGGUCCUGACCAGCUGGACGCUGCCCGUGGCGGUCAGUGGCGGUCUGGGCUACGCCGUCAGUCUGCUGGCGCCCAUGAGCUGGUUCGCCCGACCUGUCCUCAGCGUGGCGCUGUACGCCGUCCCGGCGGUGGGCGUGGUGUUUGCGCUGCACACCGGACUGUUCGGUUAUCGUGAUAUGGUGUCGAUUCCGUUGGCGUUGAAAGAGAGUCUGGUGUAUUAUCUGACCGGGUUAGUGUGGAUCGUCAUCCUGGUGGGCAUGACCGUCAAGGGCCUCACCUCCGCCUUUGUCCCGCUCUUCUUCGUGGCCGCGCCCAUCCCGCUGCGCUUUAUCUGGCUGCACAUGCAGCCGACCGUCCGCAAAGAUGUGGUUGCCUUCGUGAUGGCGCAUUUGAUCUGCUUGGCACUGCCCACCGUCUUCGGCUUGUACGUGCUGACGUCGGCCAUGGAGGUCUUCGUGCCCAUCUUCGGCCGCACCGGCUCCGAGCUGAAUCCCGACGUGGCGCUGGCCGUCCUGGUCGCCGGCAUCACGGUGCUGGUCGGAGGCUACUAUAGUAGUCUGAUUGAAGUGACGGAGAAGUGGGUGGCAUGGCUCAUUGUCAAAUUCUCGGCGGUGCUGUUCGUGUCGACGGUGCUAGUCGUCGCGUUCUCCAGCGUGGGAUUCCCUUACAGUUCUCCACCGGGUCCGCUCGUGCCCAAACGUUUGGCUAUGCAGCAUUUCCACCGCGAGACCUUUAACCGGAACGGAACGCUGACCAGCUCGGAUAACGGCGUCUGGAUCGUGCCGUUGGAUUUUCAGGGUGUGUCACCCAUCAAUCUGGGCCAGGUGUUCGAUACCACACCGGAGGAAGUGCAAAAGCGCACCGAACCGAUGCGCCAUGAUCUGCUGUAUUAUGGACUGCCCUUUAUUUAUCCAAUGAUGGAACACUUAAAGCAUCAUCAAGUGGUGAAAGUGCCGGAAAUGGCCAGUGUCCCGUAUCAGCCGAACGUGAAGAAACUGGACGAACAGGUGCUCGAUCAUGAAGGAAAUUGGCGGACGCACCGCAUCACUCUCUCUGCACAGCUGGUUGAUCACAGCAAUGUGUACUUAUCGCCGUUGUCGCACUGCUUCCUGUUGGCGUGGAAUCUGACGGCGGAUGUGCCGAUGCAGGGACCGAUCAGUCGCGAUCAGCAGAGCUUCUUCGUCUUCCUGGUGGCCGGCUACAAUCCCAAGAAGCCGGUGUAUGAGAAGGUCUUCUGGCUGGAUGUGCGGUGCGGAUCUGGAUCCAGCCGGGCGUCCGCAGCUUCCGGGGUGGUGGAAGUGGGCGUGGUCAAUCAUUUUCUGACGGUCAGCAGUCCGCUGAUGGACGAUCUGUUAAAACGGAUGCCGGCGUGGGUGUCCACCAUCCACUGGAUUAAUUCCCUCCAUUUGCAUCUGUUCUAAACAAACGAGAUGGAUUUUUAUUCUUUUAUGACGAAUUCAGCCGGUUAAUCUUGCGGCCUGUGUCGCAUUGACCAGUGAUCCGGAUUCAUGACAGUUGUCCUUGCCGGCAUUUUUGUUACCAGUGUGGCUCGCAGCCUUUCGACUGAUUGUUUGUUGCAAAUGUUUUUGUUGUUCUUUGAGUGGACUCAUCGGGGAAAACUGGACACAGAAAAAUUGAUGUCACAAAUUAAAGUUUUAUGCAUUCA